AUGUGUGUCGUCUGCUUCGUGAAGGCGCUGGUGCACGUGUUCAAGAUCUACCUGACCGCCAACUACACGUACAGCUUCCGCAGCCGGCCCGCCGCCUUCCGCUGGGAUGACGUGCGCGCCGCCGGCGGGGGCGGCGGUCACCGCGCGCUGACGUGCGUCGCGGCCGCGGCGGGCGUGUGGCUGCUGCGGGGCGCGGCGCUGGGCGCGGACGCGCCGGGACGGCCGACGCGCGGGGCGCGCGGCCCGGCGCAGUGCCUCCGGCGGCAGGUCCGCGAGCUGCCCGGCCAGCUCGCCAGCUACGCGCUGGCGCACUCGCUGGGCCGCUGGCUCGUGUCCGCCGGCUCCGUGUCCCUGAUGACGCGCGCGCUCCCGCCUCUGCUGCAGCGCGGCCAGGAGCGCCUCGCGGAGCGCUACCGCGGGCGGCGCGCCAAGCUGGAGGCCCGCGACGGCAACGAGAUUGACACCGUGUUCGUGGAUCGCCGCCAGCACCCAGGCAGCCACGGCCGCGGCCUGCGCCUCGUCAUCUGCUGCGAAGGCAACGCUGGCUUCUACGAGAUGGGCUGCCUGUCGGCGCCCCUGGAGGCCGGCUACUCGGUGCUGGGCUGGAACCACCCGGGCUUCGGGGGCGGCUCGGGGGCGCCAUUCCCUCAGCACGACGCCAGCGCCGUGGACGUGGUGGUCAAGUACGCGCUGCACCGCCUGCGCUUCCCGCCGGCGCACGUGGUGGUGUACGGCUGGUCCAUCGGUGGCCUCACGGCCACCUGGGCCACCAUGACCUACCCGGAGCUGGGCGCGCUGGUGCUCGACGCCACCUUCGACGACCUCGUGCCCCUGGCCUUGAAGGUCAUGCCCCACAGCUGGAAGGGACUGGUGCUGCGCGCCGUGCGCGAGCACUCCAGCCUCAACGUGGCGGAGCAGCUGUGCCGCUACCCGGGUCCGGUCCUGCUGCUGCGGCGCACGCAGGACGACGUAGUCGGCACCUCGGCGCACGAGCGCCCCCUGCCGUCCGGCGGCGUGGAGGGCAACCGCGGCAACGAGUUGCUGCUGCGUCUGUUGCAGCACCGCUACCCGGCAGUGAUGGCGCGCGAAGGCCUCGCGCUCGUGACGCGCUGGCUGCGCGUCGGCAGCCUGGCACAGGAGGCCGCCUUCUACGCGCGCCACCGCGUGGAUGACGAGUGGUGCCUGGCACUGCUGCGCUCCUACCGAGCGCGCCGUGAGGACGAGCGGGACAAGGAGGCCGGGGGGCCUCACGGGCUCCCCUUCCCCUGGCUGGUGGGCCAGGGCCUGAGUCCGCGGCGGCGCCGGCAGCUCGCGCUGUUCCUGGCACGCAGACACCUCAGGAACGUGGAGGCCGCUCACUGCAGUCCGCUGGAACCGGAGGACUUCCAGUUGCCCUGGAGGCUGUAG